AUGAGUUUAUUCGAUUGGAAUACUGCACCCGUCAUCCAAUUUUCAGUCGCCCGUCAAAAUGCUGAGCGGUCAUCGGAUAAAUCUCAUUUCGAGGUACGCUUUGCCGGUUUCUCAAACGAAGGGUAUGCUGAAGAACAUGCUCACGGAGAACUUGACUGCCACGGUCGUCUGGCUCGAGUGCCAUGGCUGGACUUGGUCGAUCUUGAGUCAGCUUUGUGGGAGUUGGCUUGUGGGAGUUGGCUUGUGGGAGUUGGGCUUGUGGGAGUUGGCUUGUGGGAGUUGGGCUUGUGGGAGUUGGGCUUGUGGGAGUUGGCACGCGGGAGUUGGCACAUGGGAGUUGGCACGUGGGAGUUGGCUUGUAGCAGUGGGAUCGUGGGCAUUGAUAUGUGGGACUCGGCUCGUGGAGCUGUUCGUGGAAGUCGGCCAGGAGUGGAGGAAAUAUCUGAUACCUCUGCUUGA